CUCCUGGCAAUAACAUUUCGCGGUCUUCUUCCUUUGAAUUUUGUACUUUUUGGCGUCGGUCGUCCAUUUCUCCAUAAAGAGUCUCUCUUUCUCUCUCUCACUCGAAAACCCUAGAGAGAAACCCUAAUCACAAUGAAGAGCAAGAAGCCACUGAAGCAACUGAAGCUCUCUGUUCCUGCUCAAGAAACACCAAUCACCAGUUUCUUGACUGCAAGUGGCACAUUUCAGGAUGGUGAUCUGCUCUUAAACCAGAAGGGUUUGCGGCUUAUCUCUGAGGAGAAAGAACCUCGUCCUUCAGAGGCUAAGGAGCUUGAUGUACAAUUUUCAUUGGAAGAUCUUGAGACCAUCAAAGUCAUUGGAAAGGGAAGUGGAGGUGUUGUUCAACUUGUUCGCCACAAAUGGGUUGGAACAUUAUUUGCCUUGAAGGUCAUCCAGAUGAAUAUACAAGAGAAUUUCCGCAAACAAAUUGUGCAGGAGCUGAAGAUAAAUCAAGCAUCACAAUGUUCACAUAUUGUUGUUUGCUACCAUUCGUUCUAUCACAAUGGAGUCAUCUCUCUUGUCCUGGAAUACAUGGAUCGUGGAUCUUUGGUUGAUGUGAUCAGACAGGUCAAAACAAUCCUUGAACCAUAUCUUGCUGUUCUUUGUAAGCAGGUUUUACAAGGUCUUGUGUACUUGCACCAUGAAAGACACGUAAUUCAUAGGGACAUAAAACCAUCCAACCUGCUGGUAAACCACAAAGGGGAAGUAAAGAUUACAGAUUUUGGUGUGAGUGCUAUGCUAGGUAGCUCUAUGGGUCAGAGGGACACGUUUGUUGGGACUUACAAUUACAUGUCGCCUGAGAGAAUUAAAGGAAGCACUUAUGACUACAGCAGUGAUAUUUGGAGUCUGGGCAUGGUAGCACUUGAAUGUGCUAUUGGACAUUUUCCUUAUAUGCAAUCUGAAGACCAGCAAAGCGGGCCAAGCUUUUAUGAGCUCUUAGAGGCAAUUGUAGAAAGCCCACCACCAUCUGCUCCCCCAGAUCAAUUCUCUCCAGAAUUUUGUUCUUUUAUAUCUGCCUGCAUACAGAAGAAACCUCAAGACCGAUUGUCGUCAUUAGACCUCGUGAGUCACCCUUUCAUCAAAAAGUUUGAAGACAAGGACAUUGAUCUCGAAAUUCUGGUAGGCAGCUUGGAACCUCCUGUAAAUUUCCCAAGAUAGUUUGUCUUGUAAUAGUAUUCCCAGUGUACCUUUUCCUUCAAAACACGCACUGUUUGUCAUCUUGAUCAGGUGUUAUAUGAAUUACAUCAUAGAAGUCAAGCUAACAAGUUAUAUAACUCUUUAUCACAUAUUAAAGUUAAAUAUAACAAUUAUGUGACAAAUUACACAGAUUA